AUCUUGGCUGCCAUAUUGAAUUAUAAUAAGGAAGAACAAAACGUAUUUUAUGGUUCUUUUUAAUGCUUAUUUCGACCUGAAACUGACGGAGCACAUUAUAUAGUCUCUUCAGCUCUGCCAGCACCAUGUUUUACCAUCAAUUCAUCUUGGCCAAAAAGGCCCCACUGGCCAGAGUAUGGCUUGCUGCUCACUGGGAGCGAAAGCUCAGCAAAGCACUGGUCUCUGAAACAGAUCUCCCCUCAUCAGUUGAGAGUAUCAUUUCACCCAAAGUCAAGCUUGCUUUAAGAACAUCUGGCCAUCUCCUCCUAGGUGUUGUCAGAAUAUACUCCAGGAAAACAAAAUAUCUCUUGGCUGACUGCACAGAAGCAUUUGUAAAGAUCAAGAUGGCUUUCCGUCCAGGAGUGGUAGAUUUGCCUGAAGAGGGAAGAGAGCUGGCUUUUGCUGCAGUCACUAUGCCAGAAGUUUUUACUGACCUUGAUAUGACGCUUCCUGAACUAAAUGAGGUGGAAAUUCAUGCUCAGUUCACUCUAAAUCAGGGAAGAAUUGAGGAGAUCACGAUGAAGGAGGACAUAAUCACCAACAACUUUAUUGGAGAUGAUGGUUUUGGAGACAUAAUGUUCGAAGGGGAGCUCGAGACUGAGAUGUUUAGACAUGAGGCGUCCAUUGAGGAACCCCUCAACAAGACAAAUGACAUCUCUAAACUGAGUACUAUUGAUGAACCAAAAGCAAUCAUGGACUCAACUUUAGAAAGGAGCAGGAUAGAUAUAGCACUUGAUGAACCAAUCAAGGAUGAUGGAUUUGGUGGAGAGGGUGUGGAUUUUCUGGCGGAUGGAUUUGGAGAUGAAUUUGGUGGUGAUGCUCUUGUUCCUGGAUUUGAUGACUUGCCAACUACCUUGGCAGCUGCAGAUGUUACUCUAGAACCUGUGGAUACCAAGUUAGACUCAGAAGAACAGAAGGAAAGUUCCAGUGCUGGAACUGGACAAGAAGAAGGUGUUAUAAAUGAGACUGCGAAUGAAACAACGCUGUUACACAAUGAGUCAGAGGCCUUCGUACUUGAACCUGUGGAAGUUGUUCAAAAAGAAAAGCGUAGUCGCAGAAAGAGGAAGCUAAUAGUCGAUGAUGAAAAACUGUUGGCUACCGAAGCAAUCAAGUCUCAACUGUCAGACACAUCUGAUAUUGUCAGAUCAGCCACACUUGCUCCUCCAACAAAAUGCAGGAUGAAGUUGAAAAUUUUUUCAACUGUUGAAAAGCUGUUUGCUCAGUCUGGCACAGAAUUCUUUGCAUUGCCAGUAGUGGAGGCAUUUGUGCAAAAUCUAACAAAGGAUGUUAAUGGUGAGUCUGAUACAGCUGAAUCAGAAGAAAAAAUGGACAUUGAUGAACCAGAAGUGGCAAGAGAAGGAGAAGAGGUGUCAGGAAUUUAUGAAGCCAGUAAGCGAUCUUCAGUUUCUUUUGCCAACACGGAGGCUAAUGACACAGUGCUGCCUGAUGAACCGAUCGGUGCUACUCUUGACCAGAAUUUUGAAUGGCCAGUGGAAGAGGAGGAGCAAUUCUUAGCUGGAGGUGUGGAGGACAUUUAUCCAAACAGGGAUGAGCUGGAAGAUAAUGAACUAGAACAGGAAUUGGCAGCUUCCCAAACAAACGAAGAGCAGCAAAGCUCUGAGACAAGUGAACAGUUUGAAAACCGACGAUGGACAAAACGUACACAACAGCUGCUUCAUACUCUGAAGAGAGAGUUCAACAAAAAGGACACUGUUAGCUUUGGCAGCUUGGUGCAUAAAGGCAAUAGGAAACAAGUCGCAUACAAAUUUUACAGUUGUUUGCUGCUCAGCAAAGAAUCCAGCAUCGAUGUUCAUCAGAAGAAACCAUUUGGGGACAUAUCAAUCUCUAAAGGACAUAAAUUUGAUUCAGUGUGUUAAAAGCUUCUGUCACAUUUUAGAUGUUUCUACUGUUAGACACUAUCUAUUCAAUCUCAGUACAUACAAUGGCCUUUUUUUCUUUUUAAGAUAAUUAUGAGACAGUUGAUUUUUGAGAUUGUUCAGGAUUUUGACAUGCAGAGAUUGUACUCAAUGUUGUUUGCUCCAUAGAGGUUUUUUGGAGAAAAUUGUACCUAUAAUGGCUGGAUUACAUUUUGCCAUAUUAGCUAAAGGCCACUUACAAUAUUUGGCAGUUUGACCUUUUCUCCAUUUGAAGUACCACUGCAUGAUGUCCAUCAGAUUGAGGGUAAGCACUUUAUAUCAAAAGUAACUCAGGGUCUUAUUGAUUUAGAUGUGUUCUAUUAUGCUCUGCUUUCAGUCCAGGAACUGAUGUCAUCUUCUAAAAAACCUUCCACUGCUUGUUUACCGGAGUCCUUUCACAAUAUCAAGGCCAUUUUCCAUGUGCUAACUUUGAGGCCUCAUAUUUCCUUUUUGCUCUGGCAGGUAAAUCUAAUUGCUCUAAUUUUGGUUUGCUCAAAAAUUUCCCUUUCACCCUCAAACAUAUUUAUCUCCUGGUCAAUGUUUUCUUCCUGCCGAGCAGUAAAGGAAGACGAGGGCUUUGGCCUCCUUAUUGUUGCCUUAUGAUGAGUACAUUCAAUAUGCACAUCACAGGUGAUGAUCUUGAUGAUGUUUGUAAAAAAUAUAAGUGACUAAGAUAGAAGUGGAAUCUUUUCCCACUGUUUUUGGGUUUUUAUCUGUAAAUGUAUUAGAAGAGUUUUUGUGUGUUUUGUAAAUAUCUAUAUGUAUAUUAAUGGCAUAUUUUUUAUUGAAAGUUUGUUCCUUUGCUGUUUAUCUUACAUGAUUCGAUUUUUAUCCCCACAUACGUCUGUAUCGAAGAAUGGUCACUUGUGCUAUAGGUAGCCUUCUUAGAUAUAUUGGCCCACAGCUGGGUGGUCGUAGAGAAAUCAUAGUCACCAAGGUGUCUGUCAUUGCUAUUGGCCAACUGUGUCUGAUCAUUGAACACAUGCAGGUACCAAGCAACUUACUGAUCGACUUGUUGGUCAUUAUAUUAUUGGAGAUAUCAACUGAGGCUACCUAGAGUAACUAUGAUCCAACAGUUAUAUAAAGUUCUUUCCAAAGCUGCAUUAGUGUGGUUAUUAGAUUUGUAAACUUAAUCAGCCUCAGUACUCAGUACUUCUUAUAUUGUGAAAGGCCUUCAUUUUUAGUGUGUUUGUUAAUUUUUCUGUGAUAGCAAUUACAUGAAGUACACAUUUAGUAAAAGCUAAGACACACAUAGCUUUUACCAAUGGUUUAACUUUAAGAAAAUAACAGGAAAUUGUUUUCCAGGUUAGUUUAACAGCAUUCCUCUUAAGCGACGGUUUGCUACACAUACAUAUAACAGAAAGAAAGUUAAAAACAGCCUAGUUUGCGAAUUGUUAUAAAUAUAAGCAUAAUUUUUUUAGCUUUGGUCAAAAGAUAUUCUUUGUUUUAGAAGUUUUAAUGUUUAUAUGUAAACGAAAAUUAUCAGGGCGUGCAGUUGAUGUUCUGUUUAUUUUAGUUGAAAGCUCUAAUUCCCUUUUUAGAAGCAUUAAAAAUCCCACUCAUUUACAUCAGAAGUUACAUGCAAUUUAGUGGUCAGUUUUUUAAUCAUAAGUAACGACAUGGUAUGUCUUAAAAUGAUUUCAAGUAAUCAAUAAAUUCAUUUCCGUUUUUAAAUAGUCCUGAUGUGUCGAUUUGAAUAAAGAAAGGCCUGUUAUUUAAGAA